AUUAACCGGGACGACGAGAGCCUUUGCUGCGGGCCCCGCCUUCUUGCCACAGGACCACGCCCCCUCGCCGCUAGGCUGCAAUUCACCCACACUGCAGCCACGCCCGCAUCCAUGCCCCACCCCCACGCCCGUUAGGAGAGCCAACCAGCAAGCGAGCUGCUAUAGUUUCAGUCAGUCAAUAUGAUUGACGCGCUGGGGUCCCGCCUCUGUGGUCGGUCCGAUUCACCUAUUGGUUAAAUCUCACGUCGAUCACAUUGAUGACCGCCCCUCACCAACCGUUGUUCGUCUGAUCGGAUUGAGGUGGAGCGGUUUGGGCUGGUCGAGUGGUUUUAAAUUUGAAGUCUUUGUUUCGGUUUUUUUAAACUUAGAUCGGGUCGCUGCCGCCGCGAUGAUGGCUGUUCCUUCGCUCUGUGUCUUCGUUUUGCUCGCUGCCGGAUUGAUAGCUGAAGCUAACGGCGAGUCCGGGACCGUGAUCCCGGCUGAAAGUCGUCCCUGUGUUGACUGUCAUGCGUUUGAAUUUAUGCAGAGAGCAUUACAAGACUUGAAAAGGACUGCAAAUAACCUAAACACCAGGACUGAUGACCUGCUGCUGAGAGUGGAAAAGCAGGCAUUAUGUGACUGUCUGCCUUCAAACCUGUUAGCCUGAUGUAUCAGAGAUGGGCAGUGACAAUGUAUAUUCCUGUGCAUCAUGUGACCCACAAAUGAAAUAUGUCUCAAACGAUUGAGAUGAGCUAAAUAUUCACAGUGAAAUAUUAAAUAUGUUUCAGAGACCUUUUUCAAAAAAAGGCAAAUAAAACUAUUUGAUUCCUGAAGGCACUGUUCUUUGAAUUCUCUUGCUAUUCCUGUCUUCAGGUGUCCCCUGAAAGUCACUUUUCUUUCACUAUCUUUUUUGUUUCUCCCUUUCCCUUCAAUUAAUAUUUCCAAAUCUACUCAACCUGUCUGUCUCUGUUGCCAAAUAGUUUGAAAUGUUUUUUUCCUGAGGAAUAUUGUGUAAAUGUGACUGCUUGUAAGAUUUAAUUUGUUUUUCUAUUUGUCCCACACUUAACUAGAAGGCAUGAAAUGUGAUGUAAUUAGACAGUUUAAUAAUGCGUUUAUCCAUGUACUACUAACUUCUCACAGGGAUAGGGCAGGGAAAGGGAGUUGAGGAACCAGUUUAGUCAUGAUUCUGUUGAAUCGUGUGCAAGUUAAAGGGGCCAUUGGUCUACUCUUGUGUUCUUAUAGGAUUCCAUUAUGUUCAAUUAUUGGUGAGUAAAAUGUACUUCACUGUUUCUUGUAGUAAGAUUUAAAUAUUUAUUGGGGGAAAAUGUGGUAUUGUGUACCGUUAACAAGUAAAUUUCUCUGCUAGUAUGUGUUUAUCCUAAAAGUGUAACUUAUUUAACAACUUUAUUAUGCAUGUAACAUGUAUUAUUUUAACAUGCUACAUUGAAAUAAAAUCCUACUCAAUUAAAAA